UAUCCUUUAACAACAAAACGAAAUCCUCCAUCUCAAAAAAAUAAUGCAAAACGAAAUCCUCUGAGCAUCAUCUAGAAGAGAAAAGAGACCAGGAAAAAUGGAGGGAGGAAUGCAAAUGGCACUUCCUGUACUGGGAAUUGUAGCUGCUGCUGCUGUUACUUUCUAUGCCGUAAGCUUUUCCGAGCUUAGAGAGAAAUCUUUCAGGGACUUGGAAGAGUCAGAAGAAGACGAAGGAGGGUUCAGGCAAUCUCUCAGCUCUAGGGAAAGAAAAGCCAAAAGAAAGGCUGAUAAACAAGCCAAGAAUUGACCAUGAAAGCAAAUCGCCAAAGCACCCUCUUGCCUGGCUUUGUCAUAACUAUUUUUUUUUUUUCCCUUCUUAUAAUUAUAUUAGAGUUCUCUGACUCGCAGUGCCGUGGUUGAUGAACAAUUCACGUGCCUACAUUUGUCCUUCGCAUUUGUGAAUAUGCAUGCAGGCUCAAGCUGUAACUCAUCUAUUUAUUUCUUAUUUAUUGUCAAUACUCAGCAAGAUUCGAGUGAGAAGGUUUAUAGAAAUCAGGAGCUUUAUGCUGGAA